UUGAGGGGCUCCUAGCCUUAAACCCCUCCUCUGACCUCGAAAAACCCUAUCUGAGAAAAAUUCACGCUUUCACUCGCAGUCUCAAAUGGCUUGCUUAAUCCGAACCGCUCAAAGAACCCUAGUUCAUGGGCUUCACCGCCACGACAUUUCCCUCCAAUCGCGGAAUGCCAUCUCAGCUUUUCUCUUCCAAGCCAGACUAUGUGCUUCGGAGCCAAUUGCCAAAUCGCCCUUCGAAGCUAACAUCCUCAGAAUCCUCCGUACCGAGAUCGAGUACCAGUCCGAGUACGCUCCUCCCCAUCAGCCUGUAACGAAAUUCAAUUCGUUUACGGUGGAAGAUCGACCGGGUGAGCAGUGGAUCACGAUGAGAGGGAAAUUUGGAGACGCUGAGAGUAUCAAAAUAGAGGCCACUAUGUUUGAUGGGUGCGUACCUGUUCCUAGGCUUGGAGAUGACAGCUCUGGAGUAGAUAUGCGCCUUCACCUUAGCUUGCUUGUUGAUAUCUCCAGGGACGAUUGUGGUGAUGAAUUGGAGUUUUUGUGCUCCGCUUGGCCAGAUUUGUUGGAGGUUCAGAAAGUUUAUAUGCUUAGGCGUGAUCGAAUGCUGGCUAGGCCUUACAUGGGACCUGAUUUUAGGAAAUUGGAUGCUAAGAUUCAGAAGGCGCUAAAGGAGUACUUAGAGGCAAGGGGGGUAAACGAUGAACUCUCUGUUUUCUUGCACGAGUAUAUGAUGAACAAGGAUAGAACUGAACUUAUCCAAUGGUUUGGAAAUGUCAAGAAUUCUGUGGAGAAUUAGAAAAGAGUGCUCUUUUUGCUGCAUGCGAGAGAUUCAUUGCGAAGUUUGUUAUUUUGAAUUUGAUUGGAAUGAGGUCUCUGCAGUAGGUAGGCAAUUUUUAUGAUUUGUAUCCAGAAUCAGUUAGAAAAUUUGAGGUUUAUACAGAAUGUAGCAACUCAAAACUGAAAUGUGAAAUUGGAACUAGCAACUAUUUCAGUGCAGCUUCAAGAUGCUUUUCAUUUGUAUAUUUACAUAUAGAAAAUUAUAGGACUCGAGAAAUGGUGAAAUUAUGGGUUCUUUGUACAUGGGUAGUGUCUCCUUUAGCACUUCAAAAAAUGAAGGUAUGCAGUCUUCUUGUUUUUA